CUUUUUCGCUCUCACCACCAUUUCAUUUUCAUGCCAUUCUGUUUCUUAAGACUCUAACAUUUAAUUUCCAAGCUCCAGAGUUUAGCUAAAUGUCGUGUUAGGAUUCGUUGCGAGCGCACAUUUUUUUAUGGAAAAUUUUAGUAUGAACUACGCAAGUCAUUGAAUUGUAGAUGUAAAUAUUUAAUAGUUGUCUACAGUCUAUUUCCUUGAUUUGGAUAUGUUAUUCCAUCGGAAAGUUAAAAUAGAAAGUGAGGAAAAAGGAAAGAAGUUUUGUGACGGAACGCAAGUGAGAAGCGACAAAUGAAAACCGUGGCCGUCGAAAUUGAAGGUCGGAAUCUAUUGGAAUUACGUGCGCGGAUAUAACUGUCUUUCCACCAAGUCAUGAGACAUCGAAUAGAGACGUAAAACUUUCGGGAUCACCCAAAUGGGAAAAUCUUGGUGAACGUGAGGGCUAGAGAGUGUGUUGUGAAUGAUUGUACCACGGGGUGGGGGGCGUAGGGACGCCUUCAUCAAUUCAUGAUGCGUCAGUUGGUCGCGUCUUCAUUGAUGGGCGUGCCCAAGUGGCUUGUCUCAGCCAUGAUUAGUGGGGGUAAUUACAGUCUAUGGUCCCUAUAAUCUUGGACUCUGAUUCUUGAUUAGUAUGGGGUGCUAUGAUUAAGCACAAGAAGCUGUGAUUAACGGUGUUGAUUAGUUAUUAGAAGCUCUUUUAAAGUCUGCCGUCAUUUAAGAAUUUGGUGGGAAUUUUGUUAGCGAGAUUAGGACCAUUCAUUUUGGAAAAGGCUUUUCUGAGCGUGUUCUUUUCCUUCAAGGGGUUGUGUACUUUUAUGUGAAAAAGAAAUGAGUGUUCCCCUACAUGAUGUUUGUGGUUUAUAGGGGUCCCAUUUGAAUGAGAACCGUUGGUGAUGACUUGGAUGUGGAGUUGUGGUUCCCCACAAGACCAGCACAGAGAUUCUCUUUGUGGAUUUAUCCCUUUCCAUGUGCUUCAAAAGUGUAUGUAAUUGUAUACUUCUCUAUAUUGUAUCUCCGCUAUCAAGCUGGCAAGGUUACUGAUGAAAUGCUAUCCUUGCCAAAAUCACCAUUAAUUGCUAUUGGCCUCUUGGAGGCUCUAGCUGCUGCAUCUGGGAUGGCAGCAGGAGCUAUUCUUUCUGGUGCCGCAAUUCCAGUACUGUCUCAGAGCUUUCUUGUCUGGCAACUUGUCCUUUCAUAUAUCUUCCUUGGGAGGAGAUAUCGGUUCAACCAGUUAUUUGGUUGCUUUCUGGUGGCAGUUGGUGUUAUAAUUACUGUUGCCAGCGGAUCAGGUACUGGUUCUCUGAUGGAAGCUGGAAUAUUUUGGAGUAUUCUGAUGAUUAUUUCUUUCUUGCUACAAGCGGCUGAUACAGUCUUGAAGGAAACAAUCUUUCUGGAUGCUGCUCAAAGAUUAAAGGGAGGCACAGUUGAUCUAUUUGUGAUAAACUCCUAUGGAUCUGCUUAUCAGGCUGCUUUUAUAUGCAUCCUCCUUCCAUUUUUGUCAAACCUAUGGGGCAUCCCUUUUGGUCAACUGCUGAAUUAUCUUAAAGAUGGUGCUGCCUGCUUUUUGAAUGUUGGUGCCAUGUCAAACAGAUGUAAUGGUGCACCUUUACUGCCGGUUCUUUUUGUUAUUGUCAACAUGGGUUUCAACAUAUCGUUGUUGCAUCUGCUCAAGAUCUCUUCGGCUGUGGUAUCUUGUCUUGCUUCUACACUUUCAGUUCCUAUAUCUGUUUAUUUCUUCACAUUGCCGCUGCCAUAUCUUGGGGUCGCAACCUCCCUUCCUCCUGGCUUUGUAGCAGGCACAAUUGUCCUUGUCGUGGGUUUGCUGAUUUAUAUAUGGAGACCAUCAAAUUCCUCAAGUAACCCUUCUCCUACAGAUGACUUUGGAGCAGAGAGAAUUAGGGGAAAUAAUGGUUGUACGUGUCCGGUAUUCUUCAAGAAAAUGAGGAAAAAAGCGGCCUAUUGAUGUUUCAAAUUUUCGUCAUGAAACAGUAGCCUAAGUGCAGUGCUCUCCUCCUGUUGCUAAUCAGGACAACGGAAAGCAGUUAAGGGUGACAUUUUGAUGCUGCUGCUAUUUGCUGACAGCAAUUCAUCCGAAUCUUAAGAGAAAGCGAAGAGGAAAAAUCUUUUGUUCGAGCAGCAGAGAAUGUAAAAUUGUUGUGGAAUAAGAGCAACAAGUAGAGGGAGCUGACUGAACUCAUGACUUGUGAUUCUGAUUGUUGUACAACUACAUUUUCUUCAUGGUGAACUGAACAUUUCAAGUGUACAAGUCAAUUUUGUUACAAAGUACAAACUGUACUAAGUAUCAUUUAGGCUUAUAAACCACUGAUAUAUCUUAUCAACUUACAUACACAGCAA